AUGUCUGUACCUGAUAGAUGUACUGUUUUGGUGGUCGGAGGAGGACCGGGAGGCUCAUAUGCAGCCGCUGUGCUUGCUCGAGAAGGGAUUGACACUGUGAUGUUGGAGGCCGAUGUAUUUCCCAGGUAUCAUAUUGGUGAAAGCAUGUUGCCAUCUUUGCGUAACUAUCUAGGUUUCAUCGACUUGGAUUCCACCUUUGAUUCUUAUGGAUUUACAAAGAAGACAGGUGCGGCAUUCAGACUCAGUCCAGAGCGACGUGAAGGAUUCACAGAUUUCGUCGGCACGGGAGGCCCACAAAACUAUUCAUGGAAUGUCGUUCGCUCCGAAGCAGACAAUCUUAUGUUCCGCCAUGCAGGAAAAUGCGGAGCAAACAUUUUCGAUGGCGUCAAAGUUGAUUCGAUUAACUUCGCACCCUGGGCCAGUGAAUCUGAACUUUCGCUCGCGAAAGAUGCUGCUGGUGCGGGAGCCACAAGUCUCGGUCGCCCAGUAUCUGCAAAAUACACCCACGAGAUAGACGAUGUUAGUGGAGUGAUAACAUUUGAUUACAUCAUUGACGCUAGUGGAAGAUCAGGCUUGCUGAACACAAAAUAUCUGAAGAAUCGCUCUUACAAUCAGCAACUUAAAAAUGUUGCAAUUUGGGAAUAUUGGGAGGGCGCUGGAGAAUAUGGAGCAGGAACGAAAAGAGCCAAUUCUCCUUACUUUGAGGCGUUACAAGACGAAAGUGGAUGGGCUUGGUUUAUUCCUCUUCAUGACGGCACAACAUCAGUUGGGAUAGCCAUGCAAGAACAGCUCGCCAAAGAAAUGAAAGCUUCAAGUGCAAAUACCAAAGAGUUCUAUCAUAAAGCAAUCAAGUUGGCACCGGAUGUCAAUAAAUUGCUAGAUAGCGGUAAACUUAUCUCAGAGCUGAGAUCAGCUUCUGAUUACUCGUACAACUCAUCCUCGUAUGCGAUACCAUACGCGCGUGUUGUCGGUGAUGCUGGUUGCUUUAUCGACCCAUUCUUUUCAUCUGGUGUCCACAUAGCUAUCACAGGAGGGCUUUCAGCCGCGACAUCGAUUUGUGCAGCUAUUAGACAAGAUUAUUUGGAGCAGAUUGCAGCACAAUGGCAUUCAAAUAAGAUUAGAGAGGCUUACGCUCGGUUUCUUUUUGUUGUAUUGGGUGCAUACAAACAAAUGCGGAAUCAGAAAGAGUUUGUGCUGAGCGACUUUGGUGAAGAUAACUUUGAUCGUGUAUUCAGCUUUUUCGGCCCAACUAUUCAAGGAGCUGCUGAUGCUACCAAUAAGAUCACGCAGGCUGAAUUUGCAAAGACGGUGGCGUUUCUAAGCAGAUCAGUGGAGCAAAAGUUUAGCGCUGCUCGAGAUGAUGAAGUUUUCCUGGACGAAGCAAUUCUUAAUCAAUUUCGUCAAAAUCAGAUCCAAUCAGCUAAAACGAUGAAUGAUUUUACCACUGAUAUAAUUGAUGGACGAGCUCCACGUCUAGUAAAGGGAAGUUUGGGACUUAUAGAUCUGAAUGUCUAG